AUGCGCCUGGCGUCACCAGACGCCGCUCGGAGAGGCGUCGCCCCGUCGGUGCUUUCCUCCGUGCUCGGCUCCUGCUAUCUGCUGCUGACCCUUGUCGACCGAUCGACAGCCUUCGUUGCGAAUGGUUGCGUCCGUACUGCUCAACCGGGAGCCCUGGUGAGGCCCUGCAGCGGGAGCGGCGGUGCCGCCUCGCCCUUGCGCAGCAGCACGAACGCUGCGGCGUCUGUGGUGCCCAGGGAGCAGCAGCGAAGGAGAGCAACGCAGCUGGCUAUGGCGUUAGACACCACCAAUAACCCCAUAACUUCGAAGGUCUAUGGGAGGGCAGAUACAAAGGGGGGCUCCAAGACGCCGGAUAUGAACGAGGAGAUUGCGGCGAGCGGGAUAGAGGAGGUGCGAUGCGUUAUUUCGGUGAAGGGCAUGGAUGAGCAGCUGGGGAUCAUGUCGACGCAGCAGGCGCUGCAAAGGGCGAGCGACGAGGGUCUGGACCUGGUGAUGAUCACCAAGGACGCCCAACCGCCGGUGGUAAAAAUCAUCGACUACGGGAAGUUCAAGUACAAGCGGGACAGGCGGAAAAAGGACAACAAGGCCAAGCACAAGGCCACGGAGAUGAAGGAGGUGAAGAUGUCGUACAAGAUCGAGACGCACGACUACAUGGUCAGGCUCAGGAACGCCCAGAAGUUCGUGAAGCAGGGACACAGGGUGCGCAUUGUGGUGACCUUCCGCGGGCGAGAGCAGUCUCACAUGGACUUGGGGAACGUGCUCUUGGAUAAGGUCACCAACGACCUCGAGGGUCUUGCGUUAGUCGAGCCCAAGCGGCGCGAAGGCAACCGCCUGAGUAUGAUCGUUUUCCCCAAGCCCACUACAUGAGCGUGAGGGAACAACCAACGUGAGCACGACGGAGAGGAGAGGAAGAGGUGUCGCGAGGGGGGGGGAGGGGGGGGCAAUGGGGGGCGGAGGAUGGCGUGCAGGGAGGGUGGGCGGGAAGCGAGAGGGCGACGGUCAACGAGCGAUUGGAAACUUGGAGAGAAAAGCAAGAACCCGGUUUUGGAGAAUCCGCAAGCAAAUCGAGCUCCCUGCUUGGGAGGCGUCUCUCUCUGUGCUGGCCGGCGCCCUCUCUGUGACGUACAGGGUCGUGUGAGAAGUAAGAGGAGGGGAGAUGGGUUACAAGCAGGGCUUUCUCUGGCGAUCCCAGCUGCGAGGUCAACAUUCGGCAGACAGAACAGACCAUCUGGUGGCCUAGUGAAUGGCCUCCUCUCAUAGUGGGUCCCUCGGGACCACGAGGUCUGUUGGUUUGACACGCACGGAGUCUGUUUUCGUUCUUGAAGGGGUCGGAUCCGAAAGACCGUCCCUCGCCGUUCGUUACGAGAGCGGGUGUCAAGCAAUGCGGGUGGGGAGGGGCAGGGUUGAAGGGGAGACACGCGGGAACAUGUGAUUUGGUUGCGUGAAGAGUCGUGUUCGAUUUCCUCAUGGCCAGGAGGAGCAGAGGAGGGCUAUUAUAGUGCUACUGAUCCCGAUUGGUUUUGGUUUUGUGAGUUGCCUCAGCAGGGAGGAGGACGGCGCCCUGGCCGUCUGUCUCCUGCGCCGUUAGGCUGGUGGCCUCCCCUUGGCAAGAGGGCCCGGCCUUGUCUGUCCUGUAUCACCCAUUCGUGACGUGUGUACCCUCUCACGGACAAUUUGGAGCACGCUGGUUUGGCCGAGGAAGAGUACAAAAAUUCCGUUCAUGUAUGUUGCGUUCGUUGUUCUGUCGUGUCAAGUUCGGGUGCCUGGGAUGGGUGAUCAUUACACAAGCAGGCGGAGGAUUCGGAGUCGCCGGUCUCUGGUAAAGAGACAAGUAGACAAUUUUAGGGCAGUGCUGUAGGCACGUACACGCGAACAUGAAUUCCCUAUUUUUUGGCCUGUGUUUUUGUUUAUCCCCCCGUUUUUGGCGUGCCUGGGUGGGUCAAGAAGCCAAAAGUGGGUGUUCUGGGCAGGUAGAGUCACUGCUGUUAUUCAUGUGUAUUGCAUCAAGUACAGUACGAAAGAGUGAUAUGGUGACGGGCGUUCAGGAGUGAACGUCCAUCUGCAGGGUUUAAGGGCGCGUGGGAGUCGUGCUGGUCUCCUGUUGAGCGGCCCAGGAAACCACGCGUCAUAAAAGCGGUUUUCCAAACUCUUUUCUUGAGCUUCGUUCAGCACAAAAAAAAUCGGUCGCAAUCGAAAAUGCCAUCACGAGCGUCCGCACUCUUGCGACGUACAGUAGAGGUCCCCGUUUUGUGCCGGUACGCUUUAUGUGCCCAGAAAAUUCACCCGCAUUC